UCACGACCAUUGCCUUGAAUUGUUUUUUUUCCCCACUGUUUAAAAAAGAGUAAAAAUGCUUGCUCAUUCUUGCUACUGUGAGCUAAAGUAAAACACGCUAUUCCUUCAGGCCUGUUAACAUGGUCACGACUUUCAAUAUUUUAGGUAUGCCCCGAGUACUAGGCAAUCAACAAUAUCGGCUUGGGCUUCCUUUGGUGUGACCCAUCCAAAAUGGCGGACUCGUUCAGCAAAACAACACCCCUUGUGUGAGAAACUCUAGUCUGUUCUUAGAAACAAUUGUUCAAUCAUCAUGAUAACCAAUCAGCUUUAAUACUGUCCUAUCAAAGAAAUUGCUAGUAUUUGUAAGAGUUUCUACGGUUUUGAGAGAUCUGUUUGGACUUAAUGCACAGUUGAUUGUGUUGUCAUGGCGUUGUGCAGAAACUACUGCGAUUUGUUGUUUAUGGAAAACAAAUCAAUAAUAGCACUGUACUUAGGAUGAAAUCACCAGAUGAUACAAGGAGAACCGUAUUAGAAAGACUUAGGAAUCAAGAGAAGAAUAGAGAUUGGGCAUCCCUCUCUAGUUAUCCUGGUCACCAUAGGCACAUCCGCCGCUGGUCGGCAGAGUCAGGCCAAGACAAUCAGCCGACACAUCAAUAUGCAAGAAGAUCACAGAGCCCACAGUACUUGACAAGAAUCAAAACCCCUCCUGAGUACAACAACAAGCGGGACUUAAGGCGUGGCAGAGAGGGUGUAGUCCCGCCUGUUUGGUUGAGAGAGAAGAAUGCUUUUGAAAGGAACAAAGACAAGACUCUAAAUGCCAACUAUUUGCCAGCUAAUGGGAGUAUUCCUGGAAUAGUCCCAAACGUCCUAUACAGCAAUAACCAGAUGGUGCCUAACCUUGCCUAUCCCUACCCCCCUGGGGUUCUGCCUAUGCCUGUCUAUAUGGGCUAUGCACCCAUUGUUCCUGGGGCUUCUUUCCAUGGAGGGGUACCCAUGGGAAAUUUUGUAUUGCCUGGACCUGGACAAGAGUUAUACCGGAGAAGGCAAAUGACUAGAUCCCAAGCUGCAACUAGCAUUCAGAGGCAUUUUAGAGGCUGGAGAGUUAGAAAGUCUUCAUGGAUCUUUCAACUGAGAUGGCUAGGCAAAUCCUCAAAUGCCAGGCAUUUCACAGAAGGCUUGAUUGAAGAAUUUCUUAUUGAGGACAUUAUCCCAGAUCUUCUGAUUGAUGUACUUUCACAUAAGAAAACCUUGAACCCUAGUCAUCCCUGGUAUAGACUAGCAAGCCAUGUGUGCACUGAUCUUAUCAAUGAAGACCUCAACUUGAUCAUCAAUCAGCUGGCCGCUGGUGUGUUUUACACACAUGUCCCCAUACAGUAUCUUCCUUCACAUGACCCUUUGCGGGAGAUAUCAUGUGACCUGAUUGAAGAGGUUGUCAUGGAGACAUCACUACCCAUUGUGAAAUCUGCCAUUGGUGACUUGGUGACUGGUCACAUGACUGAGAAGAAGCGAGAUGAUUGGCUGGAGGAGCUGAUACUUGAGACCAUUCAUCCUAUGGUCUAUCAAGUGGCUUGUGUAUCACUUGACGUGAACAAGUAUGAGAUCACUGUGAGUGAUUUGAUUGACGAGGUCUUGGACGAUCUUAUGAGGCCCGUCAUUAAGGAUGCGUGGAGGGAGGUCUGCGGAGCACAGCGUCAAACACAGCUCCACCAGGUGAGAGAGCUUGCCGAGGGGCGGUUGCUAGACGACCUGUGUUUGGAGCAUCUUUUGAGUCUUCUUGCCGGCAACAACCUCAGCUUGUAUUUGAGGGACUACACUGAAGAGACAAUGGAUGGCCUUGUGUGUGGCCAGUUGAUUCAUCAAUAUCUUCAAGUAUACGAUGAAAAGCAGAAAACUCUAUCUAAUCAGGCACUCAGGGAAUUCCACCUGAACCUACACACAGACCUGGCUCUGGAUGUAAUACUAAACGAGCUCAAGGCGCACUUGGAUGAAGAUAUGGAAGACUUGCUGGAAAAGCAGAAAGAUGCUGACCAAAUUGAUUGCUUUUCGCCAUCAUAGACAAAAGGAACUCUCGAUUAGUGUAUAAUAAGGGAAAUAUGUAUGUUUUACUUAGAGCUAUUUAAAGGUUUAAUCAUGUCCUGUUGUUCCACCUUUGUUUGUGUGAGGUGGUCAGUUACAUUUACCAAUUUGUAGGACUUUUCAUUCUUGACUAGCUUUUUAAUAAUAUAAGAGUGAGUUGCACUUGGUAUUUUGUUAGGAUGGCAAAAUGGCGGCUUACGGAGACUCUUUAAUGGUUGAUGUACACGUGAUCGCCCCAGUCCAGGCGAUCGGGGCGGAUUUAUAUUAAGGCUUUUCGGGCCUAGUUUAGAUGACUCAUUUUUUAUGUGACGUUCCAAAUUCAAAUGCACGUAAAUAUCGAAUUCAUUCACUUGCGUGUAUUUUCAUUAGGAACGGCACAUGAAAAUGUGCGUUAUGCCUCAAUGUUUCCACAUAAUCCAGAUCUCCUCCAUCCCAUGUACGCAUUCACCUCUCCCUUGUCUUCCCACAAAUCUUUGCAACGCACGCGUGAAACCGAGGGCCAGGGGGUAAACUUCGCCAUCUUCUUUUCAACUUUGUCUUGACCUCGGUUUCUUGCGCUUAUCGCAAAGAGUUGUGGGGAAACAUGGGCAAGGUUAAUUUAAUGCCCUAGCCACCCCUUGCUCGGGCUUCCUGUGGUUGGCUGGUUCCAGACCCCGAACUGCCUCACGGUUGAUCUCUAAGUACAGGAAACCCGGUAAAGAUGUCCGGACUAGGCCGGAUCAGACCCGGUUUGAGCUACUUCGAUCAUAUUCAAUAGGAACGGCUGUAAUUCUAAACCAAAGUAGUUUAUUCAAAUUACAUUAUACUUAUCUACGCACAGCGUAGAAAUAAUAAUAAUAAUGAUGUCAAUAUUUGUUGUAUUUCAAUAUUUAUUAUACAAUUAGAUUUUUUGAAUAAACGAUGUAUCAAAAUUCAAAAA